ACAGGACAGUUUUAAUAAAACUGUUAUCCAAAAUAACACAAUAAAGCUUGUACUGGCAAUUAAGUUUAAUUAAAUAAUUUCUUUCCUAUAAAGAAGACAUUGUUUUAUUAAACAAUUACCGAAGCCAUCUACAAUUACAAAACAGUACUUUAAAAAAUUGAGGUCCAAAGUCGAAAGCAUGUUAUAACUAAAUAUAACUAAUUAGUGCCUCAGGUGCAUUCAACUAGUAUCGCCUGUAGUACCUCAGUAGUAGUUGUAGUAAAGAGGCAUUUUUGACAUGAGUUGUUUCGACUAUACCGCUUUUUGGUUGGUUAUAGCUGUGAUUUCUUACAAGUUGUGGGUAAAAUUAUCUACAGGAUGGUGCAAAAGUAACGUGUGUUUGGUUGGGAAAACUGCUAUUAUUACAGGAGGAAACACAGGAAUCGGAUACGAGACUGCAGCAGAUUUAGCCAAACGAGGCUGUAGAGUCAUCAUAGCAUGCCGAAGAGAAAAAGAAGCAAUAUCUGCUGUGAAAAAACUCAUAGAAGAAACAGACAAUCCUAAUAUUUUAUACAAACCUUUAGAUCUCUGCUCGUUUAAGAGCGUUAGAGAGUUUGCCAAAGACAUCAACAAAACCGAAAAAAGGUUAGAUAUCUUGAUAAACAAUGCCGGCGCAGGAAUUUUGCCGAAAAAAAUAAAUGAAGAUGGAAUGCUGAAUUUGAUGCAAACGAAUUAUUUUGGACAUUUCUUGUUAACUAAUUUAUUGUUAGAUCUAUUAAAGAAAACUGGACACUCACGUAUAGUCAACGUAUCCUCCUUCUUGGCCCUGUUCCCAUUUAAGUUGGACCUGAACAAUUUGAACAAGUACCCCAACACAUGUUGGAAUUCAUUGAACGACCUGAUAAUGUACUGCCGAACCAAACUGUGUAUCGUCUUGUUCACUAUUGAGUUAACAGAGAGGUUAAAAGGUACCACAGUUACUACAUACUCUCUACAUCCUGGAGUUAUACAUACGAAGAUAUUUCAAAAUCAUCCUGGGUGGCUGAAGUAUCCUACGUAUCUUUGUACUUACUGGAUAUAUAAGAAUGUCAUAGAAGGAGCUCAAACUUCAGUUUAUUGUGCCGUAGCGAAGAACAUUGAACAUUUGUCAGGCGAUCAUUUUCAAGACUGUCAUGUAAUGGAUAGGUACCCAAACGCUUGGAAUCCUGAACUCGCCAGAGGAUUAUGGGAAGUGUCGGAAAAACUAGUAAAACUCCAUGAUAAAUAAAUUUUGAUAAAACUGUAAUGUUAAAAUUCUAGAGCAGAAAAUAAAUUAUUUGUAUUUUUUGAA